AUGCGAGGAGUGGAUUUGAACCUAACGAACUCACCCCUCAGACUGUUCCCCUUUGGGAUGGCAAUAGGAGUGCUCGCCGAUGUCGCGAUCAAGCUCGUCAUUAGCGGUUACAUACUCGCCGUGGUCGUAUACGUGAACGCCACCGGUAACUGGGACAAGGACGAUGACUUAGUUGCAACUUUCGAAGUGAGCGCUGUUCUUGGACACACCGCUAAAUUGCCUUGUGACAUUGAACCGUCCACGCACAAAGAUCGCGUAUACGUGGUGCUUUGGUUUCGCGACGAUGCGGUAAAACCGAUUUAUAGUUUCGACGUUCGGGGGAGGGCGUUCAACAAAGCUCAAAACUGGUCGAACAGCACCAUCGUGGAACCAAGAGCUUAUUUCGUGACUGUGACGAAACCGGCCGCUCUUUCCCUGGACGCGGUUCAAUUGGACGACGAAGGAAUCUAUCGAUGUCGAGUGGAUUUCAAAAAUUCACCUACCAAGAACUUCCAAGUUAAUCUCACAGUAAUCGUUCCGCCGCAUCAGCUGCUAAUUUACGACAGUUCGGGGGUCGAAGUAGAAAGCACCGCAGGACCGUUCCAAAUCGGUGUAGAGUUUGAACUGUCUUGCGAAGUAAGAGGAGGAAAACCGACGCCGGUAGUCAGCUGGUUGGUGAACAAAAAAGAAGUAGACAGUAGACUGAAGGAGAUCGAUAGAAACGUCGUCGUCAGUAAGUUAAAGAUACCGCAGCUCAGGAGAGAACAUCGUAACACCAGUUACAAAUGUCGGGCAUCCAACACGAAUCUUAUAUCUCCGUUGGAGAAAACCGUGCUCUUGGACGUCUAUCUGAAACCAUUGUCGGUGAAGAUCCUGUCGAAGCCGACGAUCCUCGAGACGGAAAAGGACUAUUCCAUCACGUGUGAGACAACAGGAUCGCAUCCUCGAGCGAAAAUCAGUUGGAUGGAAGGAAACGCCGUUUAUCAUAGUGGCAAAGUACUAGACGGUGGCAACGCUUCGGUAGUUUUAAGCACGCUCAUAUUUUCACCGAUCCCGGACGACCACGGAAAAAUCCUGAAAUGUCGCGGAAAGAAUCCAGCGCUGUCAGAUGCAUACUUGGAAGAUUUCUUUCAAUUAAACGUAGUUUUUCCACCUAAAGUACAGUUACAUUUGGGUAGUACUCUGAACGCGGAGAAGAUAAAACAGGGUGACGAUGUUUACUUCGAAUGUAAGGUCCGAGCUAAUCCGGAACACCAUAAGAUUACGUGGAGACACAACGACGCGAUACUAACGCAAAAUUACUCGGCUGGAAUAAUCAUGAGCACGCAGAGUCUGGUACUGCAGAAGAUUGGUCGCGACAACGCGGGAAACUAUACGUGUUUGGCGAGCAAUGAUCGCGGCGAGACCACGAGUCCUGUGGUGACACUGCGAGUACAGUUUGCUCCGGUUUGCAAGGACAAGGAGGCGUCGAUAAUCGGUGCGUCGCUGGAGGAGUCCGUAAAAGUGCGCUGCGAAGUAGACGCCGAUCCGAACGAGGUGGAAUUUGUGUGGGAGUUCAACAACAGCGGAGAAAACUUCGAAGUAGCGCCGGCCAAGUUCGAUGGCAACAACGGAACGAUGAGCGAGCUCGUUUACACCCCCGUGUCCGAGAGAGACUACGGUGCCUUGACGUGUUGGGGUAGAAACACGAUUGGAAAGCAAGAAUCUCCUUGCAUCUAUCAGAUCAUCCCUGCAGUGAAACCGAACCCUUUGAACAAUUGCACGAUAAAGGCGUCGUUGAAUCAAAGUUCCGAGAUACUGGAGGUUGAAUGCGUGCCGGGAUACGAUGGCGGACUGAGGCAAGAAUUUCGUUUGGAAGCUUACGAAGUUCUCACUGGAAACCUGCGGAUGAACGCGUCCAGCAUAUCCACGGACGUGCCGAUAUUUCGUAUAGCCGUGGCGGAUCUUCUCCCAGCCACGCAUUUUUACCUAGUCACGUAUGCUGUAAACGCCAAAGGGCGAAGCGAAGUAAGUUUACUGGAGGACAUAAUGCUGAGGGACUCGGAGAAACAUACAGACAGUGGAGUAAGCAUGCUGCCACUGAUUUUGCUUCUCAUCGGAUGUCUAAUAGUACUCGGCAUCACCGUGCUCUCGGUGAUGUUGAUGAUGUAUCGACGCAGAGGUACGACAUCCCCGGUGCAACCCUACAUGAAACAACCGAUAAUCACACCGCCGGAUUCGAGGAACAACUCGAUGCUCGAUGUUACGCACGGAGAUCACACUUACUUCGUCGAGUAUACGCUAAAACAGGUCACCGAUUAUGCGCUUAACAAUCAACCGGACAUCAUACAAUCACCGCAAGACCAGGAAAAAAUAAAACGGGAACCACAAUUGUUUCUGCCGGUGAGACCGGACACGCUCUUCGCGCCGUACGACAUUCACAAACAAGGACUUCAAACCAACAGAUGCAGCUUAAACCCAUUCUCUGCAAAGUCUUGGGAACCCAUUAGCUUUAAGGCUGACCGUAACUUGAUGAAGGAGAUCAUUAUUGCCAACUCUAUACCUGGUCCAGAAAGUUGCGUGUAAAGAUGAGUUUAAGGAAGCCCGAGCAAACAUAUCAGAAGGACCGAUCUCUCGAAGCCUAAAAAAGAUCUUACCGUUGAUCGCCGGCCGAACGGUGAACAUGAAAGAAAUAAAUUGCAACUGAUUCUGCGGCCGAAUUUUGGCGCGCAUCGCACGAGAAACGACGCGAUACAUCGCUUAGAGGUCGAACGCCUCAUCGUCGAAAAAACAUAUGGAACCGGACAUGAUCUAGGAAUCAUCAAGACGACUAGUUGCAUACUAACUAAACGCUACACACGGUGUAUUAUUCCAAGUUUAAUAUAUUUUGUGUCAAGUCUUAGACGGUUUCCUUAUUCCGCAACAAACAAAAAAAUUACCCAAAGUUACGACGACGCCGUUCGCUAUUUUCGAAUAAUUUACGUAGAUCUUUCCACGCGCCACGUUCGUUUUAAAUAUGCGACAGCCUUGCGACAAUUUAAUUAAAGAUUUUGUUUAAAAUAACGCGUGCUUGGCAUGAAUAUACCGAAACGAUAUUACGCACGACUGGCCAUUGUUGCAAAGGUGCGCACGAAAAUAAACACUGUACACGAGCAACAUUAACGCAACAAGUCCAGCGACUGAGAUUAGAGCGAACAUUUUUCGACGAAUAUUUCCUAAGCUACGUGCAAGCCUCGCUUGGCGAAUUAGCGUUGAACUUGUCAUUUGAAAUGUACGCGGUGUAACGUUUGCUUCAUUGUUUGUGUCUUCUUCUUUUACGUUUAGUUCUUGGUUGAUGUCGUACGUAGUGUUUUGUAGGCCCAGUUUAAACUUUCUCCUCGAUUCCUCCAACACUGAGGGCAAACUGUACUAAGAAAGAAAGUCGUAAUUUUCCCCUUCAAUACACGAACAUAAACGUGAAACGUUAGACAACUUUAGUUGUUAUACGAUUUUACUUGUGUAUCGUGAAAUCUGUCCAUUUGUUGACGAACCAAUCGAAUGAUUUUGCAUUUCUCGUGUUUUAGGCUUUCGACAAAUUCAUCCUCGACGUUCUCGAGACUCUGAUCAUUAACUUCUGUAUCUGGAUACUCUCUGUCGCAUGUAUUUCCAUCACAUAUCAUUUUUUUACGAGAUAUAUACGAUUUUUCUGGUGUGAAACGAG